ACCAGCAUCACCUCCAUUGGCCGGUCUGGUCACAUGGUUCGCUAACUUUAUUCAGUUGACACCAAGUAGGAGGGCUUUAUGGAGGGAGGAAAAAAGACAACUCGAGAAAAAUUAGUAUUUUCUACCUUCAGAAAUUAAUGGCCAUGAGUUCGUAUAUGGUGAACUCAAAGUAUGUGGAUCCCAAAUUUCCUCCCUGCGAGGAAUAUUCCCAAAACAACUACAUACCUGAGCAGGGCUCGGACUACUACAGCUCAACGCAGGACACAGACUUUCAGCAUCCAGGGAUCUACCCACGGUCAAACUACACGGAGCAGCCCUUCAGCUGCAACACUGGCGUGGAGGAGUCCACGGUGCAGCCACGGGGUCAUGUGCACGACAGAUCCAGCAGCCACCAGAAUCCUUUUAGCGCACAGGCUGAACAGGGGCCCCCGGUCCAAAUGGCCGGAGGAGCUCGGACUUGUGGACAGCAGCAAAACACAAAGAGCCAAAACGGGAUACAAGCCAAGCAGCCUGCAGUAGUUUAUCCCUGGAUGAAGAAAGUCCACGUAACUACUGUGAACCCGGAUUACACGGGAUCUGAGCCCAAACGGUCCAGAACAGCGUACACCCGCCAGCAGGUUCUGGAGCUGGAGAAGGAGUUUCAUUUUAACAGGUACCUGACCAGGCGGAGACGGAUCGAGAUCGCCCACACGCUUUGUCUCUCCGAAAGGCAGAUCAAAAUCUGGUUUCAGAAUAGACGGAUGAAAUGGAAGAAAGACCACAAACUGCCCAACACCAAGGGCAGAUCGGCACCAGCCUCCGGCCACGUGCAGAAGGACAACCAGACUGAUAUCACAUCCUUAUGAGACUAGACUCUGUCAAAACUGUACAUAAUUUUCAGAAAUAUUUUUUUUUCUUUUGCAUGGACUAAGGUCGGCUUUUAAGCUUUUUUUUUUUAUUAUUAUUAUUUAACAAAAACGACCCGAGCAGUGUCACAGACUGAUGCAGAAAAUCCAGAAAAGUACACCGAAACAACUUUUCCCCUCGUUUUUCCUUUUUGCCCUUUUUUAUUGGAUUUAACGAAAAAAAAAAACCUCACGUGGAUUCACGCUUGUUUCACUUCUUUUCAGAGAAGAAAUCCAACUCGCGCACAAAGAAUGUUUUCCUCACAAAGAGACUGUAAA